AUGACGGGCGCCAACGGGGAGAUGGAUCUGGGGCGACGAGACGAGUGCGCCUGCCCCUUCGACGCACCGGGAGAGGCUCCCCCCAAGACGGACCCUAAGAGCGCGUGUUUCGAGGGCUGCCUGCAAGCGUUCCUGAUGCGCAGAUAUGGCCAAGUUGACAUCAACCAAGCUGUGUGCCAGAACAUAUCAGACAGCGGAGGAGGAGGCACUGCAUUCUAUCCCCUGUACUAUCUGGACCACAAAUGGUGCGGCCUGCAGUGGAAUGACCCGUCCGCUCUUGACCAGGACCCCGGCGUGGACAAGAUCAUAAAUUCUUGCAACGGCCCGACGUACAACAGACUUGAACCGCGGCAGGAGAAGAUGCACCAAACGGCGCCGUCACUCGUCAACUCCGCGGCGUCGCUGACGUCGGAGCCCUCUUCGCCCCCAUACACGCGGCUCAAGUCACCUCCACCAGUGAGCUUCACAUUCCCACCGUCCAGCCAGGACAGCACCAUCUAUCCGGUCUCUCCAUACCCGAAAGGAGGGGCAUCUUCUCUACGGAAUGAGAUAACAUCAACGACGUCCACCACCACCAGCAACUACAUCACGCACGAGAGGCACACAAAUAGCACCGGUACAGCAACAAUUUCCGUGCUGGACGCGGCGGACAACCCUUCGAUAUCUGCCAGCCCGACCGCGCCGACCCCACCAUCGUCUCCGAUCCGGCCAAGACGACCGCACGAGAGGCCCCUCGAGAUCCCGGACCUCGUCAGCCCGCUAAGCAUACCAAGGUCGCCCUCACCCGGCCCGCCGCCGAGCAAGGCCCUGCCACCUCCGCCACUGUCGCUCCGCCCGAACCCCGCGAGCAUGGGGAUCGGGAUCGCCACGACCACGGGCCGACAUCACCACCGACACCACCGUCAUAAUCAAGACGCUGCGGCUGCUGACGGGACGCGAGCCGCAAGCCGGGACAGCUGGGGGAGCUGGGAGGACCUCACGCCAGCGUCCUUGAUUGGCAGGGCGAUAUCACCGCCAGCGGGGCGGACCGUCUAUCCAUAUCCUGACAGCUGA